AACAAGAGUUACAACAAAAACAAAAACCUAAAGAGGAAACCUUUAUCAAAAAGAGAUUUAACUAAAAAGUAAAAAACAAAUCUUGUAGGACAAGGAACGAUUUACGGUCUAGAAAUACAUUUCUAUAGCCCAAUUGUAGUUUUCUAUACAGAUAUUCGACCUAACGAAUCAAAUUAGUUACGUAUAAAAUUAAAAACAAUUAGAAGUUAAUUUGUUAUUACGUAUACAUAUUUGUGUACUCUUGACUUUUUAACACCUAACAUAUUUGUGUCUCUUUAAACUUCCUCUGUUUCACGGAUUCUGGUAAUAAAACUCCAAAAUACUCUGAAAAAUCACCAAGGCAACACUAAUAUGAAGUUCUUAAAGAUAAAGCUCGACAAUUCCCCUUCUCACUCCAUUCUCAAUGAAAAACUUCAAUCUUACUCACAGAAUCGUUAUGGCGCCAAUGGCGAGAAUGAGAUCAUACGGUAACAUUCCACAACCUCACGUCGCCUUGUAUUAUUGUCAAAGAACAACUCCGGGAGGUCUUCUCAUCAGUGAAGCCACCGGAGUUUCUGAAACCGCCAUGGCGUAAGUCUUUUCUAAAACCAAUUCACAGAAAGUUGACUUUUUAUGAUUUUCAUUGACUUUUUUAAUCUCUUAAAGGUAUCAAAACAUGCCAGGGAUAUGGAGGAAAGAACAAAUCGAAGCAUGGAAGCCCAUCGUUGACGCUGUUCACUCUCACGGCGGCAUCUUCUUCUGCCAGCUCUGGCACGCUGGUCGCGUUUCUCAUCAAGAUUGUCAGCCAAAUGGAGAAUCUCCGGUCUCUUCAACAGAUAAGCCAUUCGCCGAUGAUCCAUCGAAUGAGUUUACACCUCCGAGAAGGUUAAGAACUGACGAAAUCCCGACAAUUAUCAAUGAUUUUCGUCUCGCUGCAAGAAACGCAACCGAAGCUGGUUUUGAUGGAGUAGAGAUCCAUGGAGCUCACGGGUACUUGAUUGACCAGUUUAUGAAAGACUCUGUUAACGAUCGAACCGAUAGUUACGGCGGAUCUCUAGAGAAUCGAUGUAGAUUCGCUUUACAAGUAAUCGAAGCGGUUUCGAAAGAGAUCGGACCUGAUCGUGUCGGAAUCAGACUCUCACCGUUCGCUGAUUACAUGGAAUCCGGAGAUACAGAUCCAAAAAGAUUAGGGCUUUACAUGGCCAAGUCUCUCAACAGAUUCGAGAUACUCUACUGCCACAUGAUUGAGCCUAGGAUGAAAACCGUCAGUGAGAUUUUCGAGUGCAGGGAAUCACUUACGCCGAUGAGAAAUGCGUUUAAUGGAACGUUCAUUGUCGCCGGAGGUUAUACAAGAGAAGACGGAAACAAGGCGGUGGCAGAGGGAAGAACAGAUCUUGUAGCGUACGGAAGAUUGUUCUUAGCUAAUCCUGAUUUGCCUAAAAGGUUUGAGCUCAAUGCUCCGCUGAAUAAGUAA